AAACAAACAGACGAGCAGUGUUUGUUCGUUUGCUGCAGUGCGUGUUCUGUUGCUGGCUCGCGAUUUCAGCGUGUUUACCCUUUGCGACGCACUCUGCUGGCCAUGCUGUGUUUUUGCUUCGUUGCUGCUUGGUGAACGAACAGAGAGGGUGCGGAGAUGGCGGCCUUCCUCUGCUCGGCGUGGCUGCUGCUGCUGCUGCUGAGUGCUCGAGGCCUGCACGCGGCCGACGCUGACUCCGAUUUCCGCUACAUCCCUCAUGAGGACUUAUUGGCGUCUUCUGACAGCUUCGACGAGCCUGGCGUCUCGGCGUAUUCGGUGAUCCAGUUCGAUUUGGCCAGAAAUCAACUACUCGUCGGCGCAAAGGACUCUCUGUUUCGGCUGUCGCUGCGCGGCCUGUCGGCGCUGGAGCGCGCCAGGUGGGAGGCGCCCGUCAACAAGACGAUCCUGUGCCAGGACAAGGGUCAGCGGGAGCAGGACUGCCACAAUUUCGUCAAGGUGCUGCAGAUCAACGGCAAAAAGGUCUUCACCUGCGGCACCCACGCUUACUCGCCGCUCUGCUCGUGGAGAGAGGCCGACAACCUGAACAAGGUGCUGGAAACUGUGUCCGGAACGGCGCGAUGCCCGUACUCGCCGCAAGCCAACAGCACGGCCCUGAUGACCAGGGACGGCCGCUUUUUCGCCGCCACCACGACAGACUUCUCUGGCGCCGACCCGGUCAUCUCGAGGAGCAUGGGCGGACUCGAAACUCUGCGCACCAGCCAGUACAACAGCAAGUGGCUCAGCGAGCCCGACUUCGUGGGAGCGUUUGAGAACGACGAGUUCGUCUACUUCCUCUUCAGGGAGAGCGCCGUCGAGUACAUUAACUGCGGCAAGAUCAUCUACUCGCGCAUCGCCCGCGUGUGCAAAAACGACACCAGCGGCCAACUGAUGCUGAAGGACAACUGGACAACCUUCCUGAAGGCACGCCUCAAUUGCUCCGUGCCCGGCCAAUACCCCUUCUACUACAACGAGAUCCAGGGCUUCAGUUACGAUGAGCCGCAAGGGCUUGUCUACGCCACUUUCACAACGCCAGAGAACAGCAUUGCCGGCUCGGCCAUCUGUGCGUUCAACAUGAGCGCCAUCAGCACGGCCUUCAGCGGGGCUUACAAGCAUCAGGCCCACCCAGGUGCUUCUUGGGAAAGACACAGCUCGACGCACAGCUCCCACGGCAAGUGUCCCACCCCGGGCGGCGGACUGCCCAGAGGUCUUGUCGACUCCAGCAAGUACCAAUUGAUGGACGAAGCGGUGAAGCCCUUCACGCUGCACCCUCUGCACGUAUCCCAACCUUUGGAGCGGCUCACGAAGAUCGCCAUCACUUUGGUCGACACGAAACUGCACAAAUCUGUCAUCGUCAUGUUCGUCGCCACCUCUGAAGGAAAGAUCAAGAAACUUGGCGUUCUCCCCAGGACAAUGAACACCUGUCUGCUGGAGGUCUGGGAACCUUUCUCGCCAAAGGUCAGAGGCUCGGCCAAAAUCAUGGACCUCAAAUACCUGAAGGAAACGGACUCUCUGUACGUUGCCUCGUCGGAAGGAGUGCUCAGGGUGCCGGCGCAGCGCUGCGCCAGGUUCCCCUCGAGACAAGCCUGUCUGAACGCUCACGACCCGCACUGCGGAUGGAACGAGUUGAAACUCUCGUGCACGACCGCGCCGAACAAGGAUCCCCUGGCCCUGCACUGGGAGCAGAGUGCGCCCCGGUGCCCAGUGCUCACCGACCCCGUGGACGGCUCCUGGGGCAGUUGGUCUGCGUGGUCCAGCUGUGCCUACAAACAGGGCAGCGGGGACCAGUGCCAGUGCAGAAUACGCCAGUGCAACAACCCUGCUCCCCAGCACGGUGGAAAGGAUUGCGGCGCCGGUCCCAAUAUUGAAGUGACCAACUGCACGCAGCAUGGAGGCUGGACGGCUUGGUCGCAGUGGUCUGCGUGCUCGCAGACCUGCGGAGUCGCCGUCAAAUCGAGGAGACGCACAUGCGGAAACCCUGCCCCAGCCUUUGGAGGCAGAGUUUGUGUCGGACAAGACCACAACGAAAUGUACUGCUCGGCAAAUCCACCUUGCCCUGCCAAACAGGGUCCACCACCAAGAGAUGGACAUUGGUCUGAGUGGGGUUCUUGGUCCGGGUGCAGCGCCGCCGAUUGCGGCACAGGUCUGAGGACGCGCAGGAGAAAAUGCGACUCACCAAGUCCGCAGAAUGGAGGGCAAGAGUGCCCUGGGUGUGCUGAGCAAAGUGAAUUGUGCUCCGCAAGUUGCGCGGAGGUCCGCAAGUUUUCGACUUGGACGCCCUGGCUGGCCAUAUCCGCAAAUUCUUCAAGCGGCCCAAUGAAGGAACGCCGCUACAGAUUCCAAUGUCGAGCGCCUGCCACGGACCCUAACCAGGUCAAAUUAACGCAGUUCAAGGAGGAGGAGAGGACGUGCAUCGGAAACACGUGCUCCAAGCCCGGCUCCCCGUCCGUCGUGUCGCAGGGUCAGUGGGGCUGCUGGAGUGACUGGUCACCAUGCUCAGUGAGUUGCGGUCUCGGAGUUAGGAUCAGAAGCAGACCCUGCUUGGGCUCGUCUUGUGAUGGGCCCACAACCAUGGACGAAAGCUGCGAGGCUUCCGUCAGUUGUCACUCUCUGGCUGGAUGGCAAGCGUGGACAGAGUGGUCCGUGUGCAACGAAGAAGGCGAGCAGUACAGGAAGAGGUCGUGCCUGGCGUCCAAGCCUGGCCCGCAACUGUGCGUCGGCCCCAACAAGCAGACCAGGAUGUGUUUUACCGUGCCAUUGGAGAACGAACUGAACAUCAUCCCCGACUCGAGUGCGGCCCACAUCGCCUCCCGUCCCAGGGAGAACGACUCGGUGGGCAUAGUCUUGGGAGCCAGCACGGCCGCCUUCCUGGCCGGCCUGAUCGCGGCCACAGCCGCCGUGGCCACCAUUGUGAUAGUCAAGCGGCGGCAGAGGAUGAAGCGGGGACCUGGCAGGGUGCCGGGCAGCCCGCACUACAUCCCGGCCAGGCAGAAUCCGUACGUGUCGGUGCCGAUGCAGAGAGGCGUGGCCGAUGGCAAGAACGCAUUGCUGGACAACGAGGACAACACGACGCCCAAAAUCUUCAGUCCAGCCAAGCCGGUCGAGUACGAGACGGCGACCAUCAAGAGGAACUCGCACAGUCUGGCCAACAACCACAAACUGCGGGAGGACCACGAUGACCACUUCUUCUGAGUGUGGAAUCUCGCAACAAUUAUAUGUGUUCAAAUUGAAGACGUGCUCAUAUUGAGCCGUAGAUUGCAUUUCGAGUCGUGCCUUCUGCGGGGUGUCUGAUUUACAAACAAACGUGCAAAAAAUGACGCUGACACGUAAAGAGACCUCGCCGUGAGUUCUUCCAGUGUUUCAUCGACAGGGACGUGCGAAUCAUCCUGUGAGUUGAUAGUUAAUGGAAUGAAAAUUAAGAGUUCUCGCUGUUUGUGAUUCAACUUUGUGAGGAAAAGAUGGCAUUCAAUAAGCUCCUGUGCCAUGUUAAAAGACUGCAUAAGUAAUUUCUCUCUUUUGUAUUGUUUUUGGUUAUAUUUUUAAUACGCCAAACCCACCUCUCUUUAUAUUGCAGUGACUUUUUAACAGGUUCUCUUCAGCAUUUUGUGAUAUACACUUCAGUUUUUUUGUAUCUCAAAUAAUCCACACAUACUGACAUUUUACACUGAUAUAAUUUCCAUGCAGAACAUUCUUUGUCAAAAUCCAUAUCAUAAUUUCCACUCUUUAUGUUGAAAUUGAACGCCGCUAUUAACCAAAAAUAUUACUUAUUUUUGUAAUAUGUGCAAAACUGUGUAAGAUAUCCGUGUAUUCUGUGUAAAUGCGAAAUUCUUAUGUGUGAGCGGAGAAAUAAAAAUAUAAUGAAUUUGUAA